UUCCCGUUCCCACCUCUACGCGUCGAUCCCUGCACAAUCCACGGUCUUUGUGAGGGAGAAAAGAAACCCAAAACACGCGCUCUCUCACAUUCAGAUCCCAUUCCUCCACUCCAAAACCCAUCACCCACCUCUCUCGAACCAUGGCCACCGCCACUGCAACAGAGCCAGCAUCCUCUCCGCCCAAAAAAGCCCUAAUCACGGGCAUCACCGGCCAAGAUGGCUCCUACCUCACCGAAUUUCUCUUAGAGAAGGGCUAUGAGGUCCACGGCCUCAUCCGCCGCUCCUCCAACUUCAACACGCAGCGCCUCAACCACCUCUACAUCGACCCCCACAACGCCCAGCACGCUCGCAUGCGCCUCCACUAUGCCGACCUCACCGAUGCUUCCUCCCUGCGGCGCUGGGUAGACACCAUUGCUCCUGACGAGGUCUACAACCUGGCAGCCCAGUCCCAUGUUGCUGUCUCUUUUGAGACCCCUGACUACACCGCUGAUGUUGUUGCCACUGGUGCCCUCCGCCUCCUGGAGGCGGUCCGUGCCCACAUCCAUACCACUGGCCGCCAUGUCCGAUACUACCAGGCCGGCUCCUCCGAAAUGUACGGAUCCACCCCUCCGCCGCAAUCUGAAUCCACGCCAUUUCACCCCCGAUCCCCUUAUGCGGCCUCAAAAGUGGCGGCCCACUGGUACACGGUGAACUAUCGUGAGGCCUAUGGCCUCUUCGCCUGCAAUGGGAUCCUGUUCAACCAUGAGAGCCCGAGAAGGGGAGAGAAUUUUGUUACUAGAAAGAUCACAAGAGCGGUGGGUCGCAUAGUGGUCGGAUUGCAGAAGAAAUUGUUCCUGGGGAAUUUGAAGGCGCAGAGGGAUUGGGGAUUUGCGGGGGACUAUGUGAGGGCGAUGUGGCUGAUGCUUCAGCAGGACACGCCUGACGACUAUGUGGUGGCGACCGAGGAGGCGCACAGCGUGCAGGAGUUUUUGGAGGAGGCAUUUGGGUGCGUUGGUCUGAGGUGGAAGGAUCAUGUCUGCAUUGAUCCCAGGUAUUUUAGGCCUGCUGAAGUGGAUAAUUUGAGGGGGGAUGCGAGCAAAGCGAGGCAGGUUUUGGAGUGGAGCCCCAAGGUGGGGUUUAAGGAGCUGGUGAAGAUGAUGGUGAAUGAAGAUGUAGAGCUCGCAAAGAGAGAAAAAGUUUUGGUUGAUGCUGGGUUCAUUGAUGCUAGGCAACAACCCUAAAUCAGAUCCUUGGAGUAAGUGCAGUGGGGUGCUGGUAUUUGUUGAUGUUGCUUUUGAUUUUUAUUUCUUGGGAAUUUUUGGUUAUUUUUCUCUUUUUUUCCCCUGUGGGAUUCUGAUCUGAUCAUGCGGUAUCUCUUCUCUGGUCUUGCUGUGGCAAUUUGUUAGGUUCAUCUGCAAUUGUUUGUUUUUUAGUUCUGAAUAGUAAACUUCCAUGUUUCUUCUCACCUGUUAGUGUUCCACGAGCUUGAUGAGCUGAGCUGUUUGUGUUGAUUUUGGCCCCUGGAUCUGUGUCUUCAUUCAAUUCCUUCAAGUUGAUGAGAUCUAGCAUCUUAGUUCUGAUCAUUUUUUUUUUAAUUGUUGUGGUUUAUUAGGGGGAUAGGAAGAUCUUAGUGUGUUCUUAAGUCUCUCUCUAUUCUGCAUUCACUCCAUCCUGUGAGAUCUAGUUGUCUGUUUAUGUACUUGAAUUGUGAAAUUAGUUAUUGUGUUUUGUUUGCGACUUGAUUAUGAUUCUCUCGAGUGUCUUACUCUUGAGUCUUUUUUUCUGUUUCCUUGUGUUCUAGUCUAUUUUCUUCUCACUUUCAUGAUGAUCCCUUCUCUAUCUCAUCAUCAUCAUCGCCUUUUCCCAACUAUUUGGGGUCGGCUAAUCCCCCUCUCUAUCUAAUAUCUAUAAUUUUGAGGAUUAGGGACUAGCAUGAAACUUCAUUUGCAAUUGAAGCACCCAACCCAUCUGUUGUUUUCUUCUUUGUCACUCAAUCAUGGCGUCAAUCCUGAGUUGGGUUUGGCAAAUCUCAGGACCUAAUCCGGGUUUCUACGCCGCUCUUGGCAAUUUGCCUUCUCUACAUUUUUGUUUUAAACUUUUGUUUCUCUGUUAUAAUAUAGCUUGUUUUUUUCUUUUGUGAUUCGUUUGUACCUACAAUUCUUGCUUUCACAGUUUUCAUAUGGAUGUAAGAGGAUAUUAGGGUUCUCUAUAUCUUUAAAAUGAAUGAAAAUUACCUUAUUAAGAUCUU